AAUAUAAUAAAUCUCAACUGUAUUGUACAUUUUAUAGUGUCAACUAUCAAAGUACGGCGAGCAUACAAUUAUGGCAACAUUAAUUAAGAUAUUGUUAAUUACAUUUUAUUGUUGCUGGGCUACAUUGUAUUUUAAACCAGUAGAUGGUGAACGAAUUUUGGCUCUUAGUCCAAUAGCUGGAAAGAGUCAUUGGAACUUUAUGGAAGGAAUACUUCGUGCAUUAACAGACCACGGCCAUCAAGUAACAGUUUUGACACCAUUUCCUAAUGGUGACCGAGAAAAUUACACAGAAAUAGAUUUAUCUAAAGAAGUUAGAUCAUUGGUACGGUUGAACAUUGACGAUGUGCAUAAAGAAUUUACGGCAUAUAUCGAUUUAGUAAAUUUUAUUAAUGCUUAUAGCCGAGACACUUGUAAGAUAUUAAGUGAAAAUAAUUUCAUUAAGAGCAUAUCAACCGAAUCAAAAUUAAAUUUUGAUGUCAUUAUCAUUGAGUUAAUGGGAUCGGAAUGCGUUUCAUACUUAUCUGCAAAAUUUGACGUACCAUUAAUAUACGUCACACCACCACCUUUAAUAUCAUACUUGGAACGUUCUGUCUUAGGACAUUACCCAAACCCAGCUGUCGUAUCCCAUGUAUUGGCUGAUCACAGCAUUCCUAAAACAAUGAUUGAACGGUUUACAAACACUAUGUUGUUAUUUUUUACAACAUGUUGGCUUCAGUUUAUAAGUUGGUUGUCAAGAAUAGUCGAAAAAGAGUCUUUUGAUCUGUUUGAACUCGUUAAACCUUCCAUAGUAUUUAGUAACUCACAUUUUAUUACUGAUGCCCCAAGACCUAUGCCACCGAGUGUCAUUCAAGUUGGUGGUAUACAUCUCAAACCACCAAAAAAAAUACCUGAUGAUAUUUUAGAAUUCAUCGAAAACUCGCCACAUGGAGUUAUUGUUUUUACUUUAGGUUCAGUCGUGGCAGUAUCUUCGAUACCGGAAACUGUUAGAAACGAUAUUAUAAAAGUAUUAAGUCAAGUUCCUCAAAGAGUGUUGAUGAAAUAUGAAGAUGAAAUGAUGAUUGACAUACCAGAGAAUAUUAUGAUAAAGAAAUGGUUCCCUCAACGAGAUAUACUUUUGCAUCCAAAUGUAAAAUUAUUUAUUAGUCACGGAGGAAUAUCUGGGGUGUACGAGGCUGUGGAUGCCGGUGUUCCGGUUCUUGGAUUUCCAGUAUUUUUUGAUCAACCAAGAAAUUUACAAAAUUUAGUUAACGCGGGGAUGGCAAUUUUAAUGAAUCUCAAUUCUGUGUGUGAAGACACAUUUAUGAAGGCUGUUUUAGAGCUCGUUAACAACAAAAAGUACAUGCAGAAUGCUAAAAUAGCUUCUGAUCGUUUUAAAGACCGUCCGUUGACACCGUCAAAAGCCAUUGAUUAUUGGACGAGAUACGUUGUUCGUCAUAAAGGUGCUCCUCACUUAAAAUCUCAAGCAUUUAAUUUGAAAUGGUAUCAAUAUUUUUUACUGGACGUCAUUGCUGUUUUUAUAUUAGUUAUUUUAUUAGUUGCUUACAUUAUGUAUAAAACGCUUUAUUUGUUUAAAAAAUCGGUAUUUAAAUCAAGUGCAAAAUCAAAAUCGAAGUCUGAGUAAACUUUUGUUUAAAAAUGUUUUUGUUAUAACGAAUAAAAACAAUCCAUUCACACAUUAGUACAAUGAGUUAUAUUUUGGGUAGAAGCCUGUUCUUAUAAAAUUUAAAUUUAUUAAUACACUUAAACUUUAUUAAUUAAUUAAUUAGUUAGCUUUAGAGUUAAAUUUCAUGUGGAAUCGGUUAUAGUAAGGUAUUGGUAUACAUUUUUAAACCUUUACGUAAAAUUUGGUUAGUCACAUACCAGGAGCAAUAAAUGAAAAAUGAAUUAUUAUUUAGUAUUUAAAUUUUUGAUUCUGAUUCGAUUGAUGAAUGUGGUACAAUAUCUGUUUUUUUAAAUUCUUUUUAUUGUUUAUGUCUGCAGACAUUUUUUAUAUUGAACAAGAUAUAUUUGAACUUUGACAUUCGACUUUGAGGAUGACCAAACCAUCUCAAUUAAGAUGAGGCAAACAAAACCUAAAUAAUUAAAGUCAUAAACAUAAAUAAUAAUGUAGUAGGUAACUCUGAAGUAAUAACUAACAUUGAACAAGCAUUUCACAUAAAAGUCAUGUAAUUGAAUCCAAAACAAAAAAAAAACAUACAACUAUACAACGGAUUAUCAAAACCAAAACUGUUUGUUCCAUACAAAUAAUUAUUAUAAAUACCACCAAAUCAUCAGAUCAAGACAACUAAGAUUUCCACGGCUUCUAACCAUUAUCAAAAAUAACUCCAAGUAUAA